AAUUUGAUUAGUAGCUGGUACAAUUUGUCAAAAAAAUAAAGUACAUAUGAGUUUAUCGUAUUUAACUUUUAACAAAUAAUUGCUAGAAUUUGCAAUUUGGUUUUGAUGAUUCUCAAUGAAUAAAAAAAAUAUUGAUUAUUUGAUUUUAAUUAGAAAUUGAGCCAAUGGUUUUUAAAUAUAUUUGCACAUUCACAAUUCGCUGGCCUUUGAGGGCUAAUAAAAGAAUUGCACAAAAAAGAUUUGUGUCAGAUUUGAAAACUAAGGACAAAGCAGCAUUUAAGACAAUGGCACAAUCAGGAUAUUCAAACAAAGUUUUCCCAAAGUAUGGUGAAGGUACACAACCAUUUACAGUUUUAAUAGAAGGAAAUAUUGGAAGUGGAAAAACUACUUUCCUCAAUCAUUUUCAGAAAUACAAGGAUAUUUGUUUAAUAACCGAACCUGUUGAUAAAUGGAGGAAUUGUGCUGGAAUAAAUUUAUUAGAUUUGAUGUAUAAAGAGCCACAUCGGUGGGCACAUCCAUUUCAAAAUUAUGUGACACUUACAAUGUUACAAUCUCAUACAUUGCCAACUGACAAAUCAGUUAAAUUAAUGGAGAGAUCAAUAUUUAGUGCAAGAUAUUGUUUUGUAGAAAAUAUGCAUAAAAAUGGAACAAUUGCACCGGGCAUGUAUCAGAUUUUAAAAGAGUGGUAUGAAUUUAUUGAUAAAUCUAUUCACAUUCAAGCUGAUUUAAUUGUGUACUUGAGAACAACCCCUGAAGUUGUAUAUGAUAGGAUGAUGUGUAGGGCAAGAUCAGAAGAAAGUUGUGUACCAUUGGAAUAUUUGCAAGAAUUGCAUGAACUUCAUGAGAAUUGGUUAAUACAUAAAAAUUUCAUGUCACAUGUUCCAGUAUUAGUAUUAGAUGCAAAUCUUGGUCUUGAUGCAAUCAAUACUGAAUACAAAAAGUCAGAAGAUAGCAUUUUUAAAGCUUCAUCUCUCCAACCAAUUUUGGUCUCCCCCGUUAAAAAACAGAGGCUUAGUAGUUGAUAAGUUAUUUAAUAUUUGGACUUUAUAUUACAUUCUACGUAGACUAAUGAUUUUUCGAGUUAUUUUUUCAUUUAUCUAUAAGUGAUAGGUUCUUAUGUAUUUCAAUGUGUUUUGUUUUAUCUAUAACGAUAUGCAAUUAUUAAAUAAAAUAAAUGUAUAUUUUCUUAAAUUUUUAUUAAAAAUUUCAAUGUGCAA